AUGGUGACCGUGGUGGCGGAGACAUUGACGAAAGAGUCCUUCGAGGAGUAUGGGACGAUAAUUUCGCCAGAUGAAGAGAUUUCAAGGAUGCAAAACCUUGAAAAAGGUGCAAACCAGGGAACAGCGAUCAAAUUGCUUCAAGUAAGCCAGGUAGAGAAUAAAUCUACCAGUAAAGUUCCCAAUUGGAACCUAUUCCGUUGCUUUCCACAGCCGCACCUGAAUAGAGUAUUCACUCAAGGCUCCAAUCAGGCGAUUUCUCAUUCUAUCAAAGUCCUCGAAAAGCAUCCGUGUAGUACGCAGACGUUUGUGCCUAUGGGGAGAACGUCAGCGGAAGUAGCAUACUUGGUAGUAGUCGCUAAAGAAAUUGGAAAUAAGCCAGACUUGUCUACGUUGAGGGCUUUUACAUGUUUGGGUAAUCAGGCCGUUACCUAUGGCUUAGGUACCUGGCAUGCGCCCAUGAUAGUACUUGGCAAGGAAGAACAUUUGGAUUUUUCAGUCUUAAUCUACGAAAGUCUGGACCCUGACAGGCCCGAGAAGGACUGUGUGGAAGAACACUACAGCGAUGGCGACGUUUGUAUUAUCAUCUAA